CGCCAUCACAAAAAGUCCAGCUCAAGAAUCGUAUCCAAGUCUCAAUUGAACUUCUCGAUUUUUCUCUCCGGUUCUCUCUGUACAUUGCACACGCUAGGGCUUAUUUGGCUUCUCUUCUCUUCUUCGUUACUAGAUUCGUGUUUCAAUUCAAGAAUUUUUUAAGAUGGAUGCAACCACGGCAAGUGUGGUUCGAUCUUCAAUCGGCAUCAGUAGACACGGUUCGUUUACUAGAUCAGCUUGUUUGUCUGCUAACGGUCCCGAUUUCGUGCGUUUCGGUACUGUUUCACACUCGCCAAUCAGGCAUCAUUCUUCAGUUUUGUUCUCAAAGCCGUUGCAUAGGAGAAUAGGUAGAGGAAGUAGGAGAUGUGUGGCCAUUAGAGCGUCUUCAUCUCCAGACUCAGCUGGGUCAAUUGCUCCACUUCGGCUGGAGUCUCCUAUAGGACAGUUUUUGUCUCAGAUCUUGAUAAGUCACCCGCAUCUUGUUCCUGCAGCAGUUGAGCAGCAACUUCAGCAGCUUCAAACUGACCGUGAUGCUGAGACGAAGGGAGAACCCUCUGCUUCUGGUACUGACCUGGUUUUGUAUAGGAGAAUCGCAGAGGUGAAGGCUAAUGAAAGGAGAAAGGCUUUGGAGGAGAUUUUAUAUGCAUUGGUUGUACAGAAAUUCAUGGAUGCUAAUGUUUCGUUGAUACCUUCAAUUGCCCCCUCUUCUUCUGACCCUUCUGGUCGGGUGGACACAUGGCCAAACCAUGAUGAAAAGCUUGAGCAGCUUCACUCUUCUGAAGCCUAUGAGAUGAUCCAGAACCAUCUAGCUCUCAUUCUUGGUAAUCGGUUGAGUGACUCAAACUCUGUAGCAGAGAUAAGCAAGCUCAGGGUUGGACAAGUCUAUGCAGCUUCAGUGAUGUACGGAUACUUCCUAAAGCGUGUUGAUCAGCGGUUUCAGCUUGAAAAUGCCAUGAAAAUUCUUCCACAUGCAUCAGAUGAAGAGACUACUAUUCAACAAGCUGUGGACAACAAGAGACCAGGCAGUGAGGGAUCUUAUGAAGCUGUCUCUUCAGACCCUGAAGUCUCAUCCUGGGCUGGUGGCAUGAGUACUGGAGGGUUUGGUUAUGGGAUAAAGGCCUCUCGGUUGCGAACGUAUGUGAUGUCUUUUGAUGGUGAGACACUUCAAAGAUAUGCAGCUAUAAGAUCCAAAGAGGCUGUUAGCAUCAUUGAGAAGCACACUGAAGCACUAUUUGGCAGAUCGGAGAUUGUUAUUACACCUCAGGGUACUGUUGAUUCUUCAAAUGAUGAACUCCUCAGGAUCAGCUUUGGUGGUUUAAAGAGACUUGUUCUGGAGGCUGUGACUUUUGGUUCGUUCUUGUGGGAUGUAGAAAGCUAUGUGGAUUCGAGGUACCAUUUUGUCAUGAAUUAAAUUAUGUUUUCACCUUCAACCAUACAAAAACAAAGUCUAUCUUAUAGUCUCAACUAACCAAACUGAACUGUUAUAGCUGAGGUCUACUGACGAUAGCACAUACCUAAUAAUUUGUGCCAAUUGGUUUGCAAAGAGGUGCUAUAUUACAGUUUGCUUCUUGAGUUA